AUGGUAGAUAUAGCAUCAUCCCAUAGCAUCUUCUCAUUCAUGGAUGGUUCAUCUGAUUACAAUCAGAUAAAAAUGGACCCCAAGGAUGAGAGGUUCACUGCUUUCCGAACACCUAUAGGUUUCUUUUGUUAUAAGGUGACGCCCUUCAGUCUCAAGAACGCCGGAGCCACCUAUCAAAGUGCCAUGACUGUCAUCUUCGAUGAGAUGAUACACGAGCAAGUUGAGUGCUAUGUGGAUGAUUUGGUCGUCAAAAGCAAGAUUUGUGGAGAUCACCUUAGAGAUCUACGAAUCAUUUUUAAACGCCUGCGCAAGUUUGAUUUAAAAAUGAAUCCUUUAAAAUGUGCAUUUGGAGUCAGUGCAGGAAAAUUCUUAGGGUUUAUAGUUCGCUACCGUGGCAUUGAGAUAGACCCCUCUAUGAUCAAGGCCAUAGUAGAUUUAAAACCCCUUAAGAGUCUUACCCAGUUGAGAUCCUUCCAGGGUAAACUUACUUUCUUGCGGAGAUUUAUCUCUAAUCUUUUUGGUAAGUGUCAUCCCUUCUCUUCACUGGUGAAGAAGGAUGCCCGAUUCCACUGGGAUGAGAGUUGUCAGGAGGCCUUUGAGAGUAUAAAGCGCUACCUGAUGAACCCCCCAGUUUUAUCUGCACAUAUUCCAGGUAGACCAUUGAUUCUUUACACAACGGCCCUGAAUGAGUCCUUAGGUGCAUUGUUGGCUCAAGAGAAUGAGGAAGGCAAAGAAAAUGCCUUGUACUACCUCAAUCAAUCUGAUCUCUCGAGUCAACCCAUUGUAGUACUUGAUGACCCGUCCGACCCUUUCAGGUUGUCUAGCACGAUGCGGGCCGUCAAAGGACAGGCUCUAGCUGACUUUCUAGCCGAUCACACGAUCCCUGCUGAUUCACUACUCAAUGAUGAUCCACCUGAUGAAUUAAUCUUGAGUGUGGAUGAACAGGAGUCCCCUACUUGGGAGUUCUACUUUGACGGUGCGUCAUCCGUUAAAACUUUAAGUCCAAAUGAAACUCCUACAGUUAGGGUAGGAUUAGGCCAGAUUUUUGUGUCUCUUGAGGGUCAUGCUCUACGGUACUCUUAUAGUUUAUCAGAACCUCAUACUAAUAAUGAAGCUGAGUACGAAGCUCUAGUUUUGGGACUAGAGUUGGCCAUUCAGAUGAGUCUUACGCGGGUAAAGAUCUUUGUAGACUCCCAAUUGAUAAUCAAUCAAGUAGCUGGAGUCUACAAAGUACUUAAGCUUGAGCUCAUUCCAUACUAUAAUAAAGCAAUGGAGCUCCUGUGCUUAAUACCAGAAGUAACUUUGGCCAAGGUCCCCAAAUUUGAAAAUGGAAAAGCAUAUGUGUUGGCCAAGUUAGCAAAAGAAUUAGCUGACCCUGCUGGAAACCCCAUGUCUAUUGUAUCGUCAGGCUCUGUGCCCCACAGACUUAUCUUCUCCCAACCAAACCCUUACAGUGUUUGCUGUUGA